AUGCCGUACAACCAUAUAUUACAACCACAAUCGUUCCAUGAUCGUCUACCACAAGCACCAAAACAUUUAAAUGCAAAACAAGCAGGAAAUCGGAGAAGAGCAAAUAAUAAAUCUCGUUAUAAUGAAGAAUUAAGAAAUUCCAAGGAUCCAUUUCACUGUCAACCCUGGUCAUUUGAUAUUACAUUUGUCAAUUACACAACUACAGAUGAAACAUUAGCUUAUUUAUUAGAAACCACCAAAAAUGCUGCAUCGUUCAAUGGCUAA